CCGGCCUUGGAUGAUGACACGGACCCUUAGCUUAGAACGGCUCGUGUGACCAUGGCUGUCGUUACUAGAAAGCGAGCCUGCUCGCGUAGGAUAAAAUGCAGCAUGUCUAGAAUCACUGCGCAGACCUGUCCUCGAGCUCUGGUAGCCUCGCCUCCCUAUGACUACGAGCCCACCAACAUCCUCAUCUUCCCGACUGACAGUGAAGAGGGUGCAUCAUACCUGGCCUUCGAGAGCUGCUCCUCGUAGUCAUUUCGAGGACUUUCUCCUGGAAAUUGUGAUUUAUACUCCUGAAAAUCGUACAUCGUUUCGCCCAAAGCGCAUACAUUCCACGGCUUCCACUCGUAUCUCUUCUGCAAGUAACUCCUACCAAGAUGACCCGAAUCACUGGUCUGCAAUUGGAGGCCACCGACGCCAAGAAGUGUCAUUUUUAAAAAGCACCCCAUGUAUUGGAAACCGUGCCGGGCCACGUUCACUCAUUGCACCCGCUGUCGAUAUCUGUUCUGCCUCCGGGUCGUUGAAAGCAGAACCUGCCUUAGCGACGGACCUGCGGAAUCAUGAGGCUUCACAUCGCGUGGCCUCGGCCCGCGAAGCUCACGAAGCUUUGAGGCUUCUUCUCAGGCCGCCUCUUGACCGAGCGCGUCCAUCGCCAGCUCCAGAACUUCCCAGUCAUGCAGAGACGCCAUCACCAGACAUACCAACUCCCGGGCCGAUUACAGAAACCCCACUCUUCCUCGACAUCGCAUCUUCGUCCCGGGGUCUGGCCCGCUCGUUGUCCCGCGAAUCCUUCUCUACGGCGUCGUCUUCAGAAGCACCGGAGACUCCCAAGACGCACUCCUCAUUGCUCGUGCAUGAGUGGCGUCCAACCUUGACUGACCUAGAGCACGCAUCGCGAUUUAGGGUGCAAGCGGUGUGUGUGAUCUGUAAGAAGAACGGGGCAAACUUUCCGAGCUGUCCGAGAUGCGGGGAAAUGUGGUGUUCAAGGGACUGCAGGCUGAAAGGGAAUAACGGAGCGAGGCAUACCUGCCGGAGAAGAGAUGUACGCCCCCACGGGUGACCUUGCCGUAUGACAUUCCAGGGUAGAUAGAGCAUUGACUUUUAUCUAUUGCCACGAUCAAGGGCUCCUGCCAAGUGCCAUUCCUGAGAUGAUGGACUACGCAUGCAAAGCGCGAUGAAUCACGGAGGCAGUGAGCGUUAUUUUCGUCUGAUAAGGAUAUGAUCGCGCAAUAUCUAGGCACGGCGGAUAUAAUAUUUACGGCGGCCCAGAAAAUAUAUACGGUAGAGCCAGCUGCG